AUGGACGAAGAGGAUCUCGCAGAUGCUGCUGCCACUCAGAACAUCCAGACAACUGAUCCAUUUUCUGCCCUCGGCGCUUCCAGUCACAUUAUGCAUCACGCCGGCGAUUUCACUGGUUUGGCGAAAGCUUCUGGCGAUACCAUGGGCCUUAAGCUUCUAAGGAAGAUGGGUUGGAAGGACGGGCAGGGCAUUGGCCCCAAAGUACGGCGGAGCGCUCGUCUAGAUGUCAUGACCAGCACUCAAAAUGCAGCCACUGGAAGCAUUCACCUGUUCGCUCCAGAUGAUGUCAACAUGAUAGAGCUCGACCACAAGCGAAACCGCCAAGGCUUAGGUUUCACAGGAGAGCAAAAACUCGCACAGCUGUCUGGUCCAGGCAUCAUACGGACGAAUCGAGAUCAGUUCGACAUGGAAAACGGGGCGAACAACGAGAAGGAAUUCUCAGAUAGUCUCCAAUCCGCACUCGGCAUCUCACGCAAUAUAGGAAAGCAAGGCCAGGCAGCGCCACGUGGGGGCUUGGGCGUAGGCAUACUGAAUGACACCGGCUCAGAUGACGAAGAUCCGUACGAUAUUGGGCCACGAAUAUCAUACAAUCGAGUCCUUGGAGGAGACAAAGGCAGGAAGAAGAAGAAGCAGCCAGCCAGUCUGUCUGCGAACCCUACAGUGAGGUCGAAACCAGUCUUCAUCGCCAAAUCCUCGUCAGCAAAGGCCUAUGGCCAGACACGAUGUCUCGACGGGAAGCUGCCGCUUAAGGGAUUCGCUUUUGGCCAAAGUAUGGAAUCUCGCCUAACUGGACAACCCGCGGUGUCAUAUCAUCCGCCAACCGUACCCAAUCACUGGAGAUCAACGAAGCGCCCUGUCGGCGGGAACGCAACAGCAGCAUACGUCUCUACAGCAGACGCUGCCAAGACGGCUCAACAUGACCCUAGAUCUCGCGCAUUGCUCCUGGGUGAGUCGACAUUGCCUGGCAAAUCGAUCUUUGACUACAUGUCGUCCGCUGCUCGCGAGCGAGUGGCUGCGGCCACUGGAAGAACAAAUCUUCCCCCUGCCAAAGGCGAAAUUCCCGCAGAGCAUGCGCGCACGGCAGAGCAAAAGCUACAAGAUAGGCUAGGAAGCAUACCUGUCUUGACCAAAGAAACGGCCAUUGCCGCAAUGAGUCGAGGAUCAGGCACAGGAGGGCCAUAUGCAAACAACGAGGCCAAGCAGACAAGAUAUCGACUCUACCUACAGGAUGCCGCGGGAUUCGGGGGUUCGGCUCCUCUCAAGCCUUCAGGCAUGACGGAAGAUGACUAUGUCAAGGAAAUCGAAGAGUUUUACGGGUGUGCUCGGCUAUUCAAGCCAAUGACGGGCUUUAUGGCAACACGAUUCACGACAGCUUCGACUGGGUCCAAGGAGUGCGCAGACGUAGGCUCUCCUCGCAAUGCGCAGCAGGUCCAGGGGCUAGUUGGGCAGGCAGAUCCUAUUGAAACGGCCGCCAAGAUGGGAAUAUUACUGUGCAAGCGGUUCAAUGUUCGACCCCCCCCUCAUUCGCGAGAUUCGGAUGCAGCAACUCCACCAGAGCCUCAUAAGACAUCCUGCGGAGUGCCUGCCAGUGAGGUCACACCCCACGAACCACUUAGCCGUGGAACAAACUCAGAUGUGGAUGAGAUGCUGGGUUCCGACGUGGCGAAGCAGUUGUCGAAGCCGACCGCCGACAUCUCAAAGCUCGAAAGCGAGGCCGGCGAGGUCUCGCGACCAAGCAACGAUGUCUUCAAAUCGAUCUUUGGUGACAGCAGUGAUGAGGCUGAAUGA